AUGACAUCAAUAGCUAUAGCGGCGAUAUCAGAUAGCUCGGCGCGUCUUCCGAAGUGGGUAAAUAACAUCUGUUUCUAUUCAUGUGUUUUGGCUACAUUAAUAAUCAUAAGCUGUAUCUUUCUUCAUUUACGAAAUUACAGAAAACCGUUUCAACAACGUUUAAUGCUCAGAAUCCAAAUCAUCGUGCCUUUGUUUGCAUUAUCGUGCUACUCAAUGUUGAUCAACCAGGAGUCGCCCUUCAACAAAUUCAUCUUGGAACCUGUGCGAGAGGUCUACGAAGCUUUUGUCAUCUACACAUUCUUCUCGUUGCUUACUGAUAUGCUUGGAGGUGAGCGUAAUAUCAUAAUUAUGACUAGUGGACGUGAACCGGUAAAGCACCCGGGCAUAUUACUGUAUAUUCUUCCCCCACUCGAUAUUUCUGAUCCGUAUACCUUUCUCGGAAUCAAAAGAGGCAUUCUUCAGUAUGUAUGGGCUAAGCCUAUAAUCUGUUUUUCUACAUUAUUAUCGCAAGGUUUGGGCUUGUACGAUGUCAACUCGAUGGGUCCCAAGUCGAUAUAUCUCUGGUUAACCAUUAUCUACAACGGCAGUGUCACCAUGUCAUUAUACUGCUUGGCCAUCUUCUGGAAGAUCUUGUGGAACGAUUUGAAGCCGUUCAACCCUGUAGGCAAAUUCUUGUGUGUCAAGUUGAUUAUUUUUGCCUCGUACUGGCAAGGGGUCAUUUUGGCGAUUUUGAAUGUGUUCCAGGUGUUGCCUGGAAGUGACGAGUCUGAAGAAAAAGGCAGUAUAGGUGUCUGCAUCCAGAAUGGACUUCUCUGUGUAGAGCUCAUUGGCUUUGCUUUGGGCCAUUGGUUUGCUUUCAGUUAUCACCCCUUCACAAUAUCACAGAUACCGUAUGGUAGAUUGAAGUUCAAGUAUGCCUUUAAGGAUAUGGUUGGUAUCAAGGACUUGAUACAUGAUUUCAAGCUUACUUACUAUGGAGACUAUUACAAGGAUUACAAGCAGUUUGACUCUGUGGAAGCCUUGAUAGCCCAUCCUAGCUCCAGAGGGCGUAUGAGUAGAAUUAAUCAAGGAUUACGCUACCAUAGCGACGGAAAACAAAAGCACUGGUUGUCCAACCAAGUCAGCACGCUUCAGCAGAACAAUACACAUAUAAGAAGCACUUCAGAGAUAGCUGCUCUUCCCAAUAGCCCGCCACAGCUCAACACAACUAAUAGCAUCAGAAGCAGCAAUGAAUACUCUGCAUCGUUAAAUUCUACUGGAACAUCAAUGAGAGCAAUCUAUCCUGGCUCGCCCAAAAAUGGAUCUCCACCUGAGUCACCUGUAGUGUCCGGUUCGGAGCAAUUGCAAUUUAUUUCAGAAAUUCUCAGAAGUGACAACUUUUUAUCGUCUAUUAAUUACAGCAAAGAGCUCUUGGACGAAGAUGAACUUUACUAUCAAAAUGCGUGUUCCGAAGUGCCUAACUAUAAGUUGGAUCAGCCAGAAAUUAAAAGGCUUCUCAAUUACCCAAUAGUAGACGAAAUGAUAGGAGGACAUGCGUAUGGUUAUAAGGUCAGAAGAUUGAGACAGGAACGUAGCUACAGACAACUGCUGAGGGAUUCAGAAGAUCAGAUCCUAAAUAAGGUGAAUACAAAUGAAAGCUACCGGUAUGGUAGUAUUGUUUAA